AUGAUCGCAACGGUACAAGCGCAAGUCGCAGCGCUGAUCGAGGCGGCCGAGGAGAUUAAGACAAACAACGUGGAGGAAGAUCAUUUUACGAAUGCAAUGGCGAGGAGCUGCGCGCGACAAGCCACCAUCGCGCUGCGCUACCUGGGGCAGGCGGGGGAUGCGGUCGAGGCGGGCACGAAUCAGCGUGACGUGCCGUACUGGUUGGCAGCCGCUGAUACGCAGAUCGGCAACUGCGUCGACGGCUUCCAGACUUUCUCACCCGCGGCACAAGGCUUCCCCGCCUACGUACACCUCGAGUAUACGGCUAAGAGGGCGGGAAACACGCUUGAAGCACUCGUGUCCAUUACCAACGCCGCCGCGAAGGCCGCCACAUCCGCCGCUAUCAGCGUCUCAUCAACGGAGGAGGAUGUUGCUCCUGUGCGUGGACGCCGCAUGGCCGUCCGAUCCAGUAGCUCGGGAUCCGCGGGGAACGGCGCGAUGGACUGGCUUGAACCGGGAUUGUACGAGCAGCUUCAGGAGCUUCAAACGAGGCUGAACGCCGGAUUUGCCGCUGCGGGCGGGGAGGAUUCGGAGGGUGGUUCUACCUCGAGAAGGCGUCUGCUCCGCCACCACCACCAUCACCAUCACCACGACAAGAAAGACAAGAAGAGCAGCAGCAGCAGCAGCAGCAGCAAGAGCAGCAGCAAGAGUAGCAAGAAGAGCAGCAAGAGUAGCAAGAGCAAUAAGAAGGCGUCGCCGACAGCCGGUCCGAUGGUCGUGAGCCCGUCGCUUGCGGCCAGCGCGAUCGUCGGAUCCGGAUACUCGACGAUCCAGGACGUCGUUGACGCCGCGCCCGGCGGCACGCGAUUCGUGAUCUACAUUCCCGCGGGAACGUACAAGGAGCAGGUGUUGAUUGAAACGACAGAUGUCGUUCUGAUUGGUGCGGGCGCGGACAAGACGAUUAUCACGGGCGACGCGAGCUACGGCAGCGGGUUCGUCGCUUUCGGAAUCAAAUUCGAGAACACCGCAGGCCCCGAGAAUCACCAAGCAGUUGCUUUCCGCGCCACAGUCAACCAAUCAGCUCUCUUCGACUGCGCGUUCGACGGAUCGCAAGAUACAUUGUACGUGGACGCGGGUCGCCAGUACUACAAAAACUGCUACAUUGGUGGCUCGCAGGAUUUCAUUUUCGGCGACGCGGCCGUUGUUAUCGACGCGCCGAAGAUUCAGCUACACCCGAGCCCCUCUUUCGGGACUCUGACGGCGUCGGGCCGCGCCAAGGAUACCCCGACGGGGAUUGUGAUUCGCGACGCUGUUGUCUCGGCGGACAGCGGCACAACCAAGGUGUAUCUGGGCCGUCCGUGGAAGAAAUGCGCCUUCAAUGUUUUCAUCAACGCCGAUCUCCCCGCGGUGAUCGAGAAGGACGGGUGGCUGUCGUGGAACGAGGGCAGCUGCAUGUUUCUAGCGGAGGCGGGCAGCAAGGGGCCUGGCGCUGCGUCUUCCCGCGCGGACUGGGUGGACCCUGGGAUCAUCACGGACACCACAGGAUACGAUGCCAACACUUUCACGCAAGUCAACAAUUGGCUCACCUGGUCGGGCUAG